UCGCCUGGCUCCAAGAUGGCGGCGGCCGUGGGCUCCGCGCGGAAGCGCCCCGCAGGCGACGCCGGGGGCCCGGAGCCUGGCCGCGCGGGGAGGCGGCGGCUGCUGGUGGUGCUGGAGGGGGCGUCGCUGGAGACGGUGAAGGUUGGGAAAACAUAUGAACUUUUGAACUGUGACAAGCAUAAAUCAUUGCUUCUGCGGAGUGGCCGGGACCCUGGAAAGGUUCGACCUGACAUCACCCACCAGAGCCUCCUGAUGCUCAUGGACAGUCCUUUGAACCGAGCUGGUCUUCUCCAGGUAUAUAUCCAUACAGAAAAGAAUGUCCUAAUUGAAGUCAACCCCCAGACAAGAAUUCCUCGGACUUUUGAUCGUUUUUGUGGCCUCAUGGUUCAGUUGCUGCAUAAAUUCAGUGUCAGAGCUGCUGAUGGGCCACAGAAAUUAUUAAAGGUUAUUAAGAAUCCAGUGACUGAUCACCUCCCCGUAGGCUGCACAAAAAUCGACACAUCCUUUUCAGCCCCUACUGUGACAGACGUGCGUGACCUAGUCCCUACUGCAGACCCUAUAGCUAUCAUUGUGGGAGCUUUUGCUCAUGGUUCGGUUAAUGUUGACUACUCAGAGAAGAGUAUUUCUAUCAGCAACUAUCCACUCUCUGCUGCUUUGACUUGUGCCAAGAUCACUACAGCUUUUGAAGAAGCGUGGGGAGUGGUGUAAGCUUAUUAAUGCUAAUUUUGACAUCACCUGCUAGCGCAACAUUCUGGAGUGAUUAUGUAUAUUGCAGGGUUCUACCUAUUGCGUUCUUUCUUCAAUGGAAGUAAUAGAUGCUUAAAUUCCUUUGUUCUCUUUUGUAACAAAUAAAAACUGUCUUAAUGAA